UUCAAGUGACUUGUUCUCUUUAUUCACAUGACUCCAAAUCUUUAGUUUAUUUUUAUUUCAGUGCUCUCCUGCUACAAACUCUCUGCUCACUGCCUUUUAUUCUUCAUCACUUGUUAGUCAACUCUCAUUGAAUCUUAAACUUGUUUAGAGAGUUAAAUAUCAUACGAAAGGGUCCUCAAGUCUGGCACUGAGGAAAAAAUGACAAUUCAGGGAGAAGCUCACCCCUACGUUCCACAGGAUCUAAAAUUGCCUGGUUUUGUUCCCAUAUUCCUCUCACAGUCGCACAUUGUUGGUGUAUAUGGAGGCUCAUCCUUCCUUGUUGUGUUGUUCAUGUGGAUACUCUCGGGGUUUGUUCCUAAAAUAUCAAAGACUGACAGGGUGCUCAUGUGCUGGUGGAUUUUCACGGGCCUAACCCACAUGGUCCUUGAGGGGUAUUUUGUUUUUACUCCAGAUUUCUACAAAAAGACUACUCCUGUUUACCUUGCUGAAGUCUGGAAAGAAUACAGCAAAGGUGAUUCAAGAUAUGUAGGUCGGGAUGCUGGAGUUGUUAGUGUUGAAGGGAUCACAGCUGUCAUAGAGGGGCCAGCAUGUCUUCUUGCAGUGUAUGCUAUAGCUAAUAAGAAGGCAUACAGGCACGUACUUCAACUAUCCAUUUGUUUGGGGCAGCUCUAUGGCACGGCUGUAUACUUCAUAACAGCUAUCUUGGAAGGCGAUAAUUUCUCUACAAGCCCCUUCUAUUACUAUGCUUACUAUGUCUUCGCAAAUCAUUUCUGGGUUUGGAUACCAACUCUCAUAGUGAUUCACUGCUGGAAGAACAUAUGUGCUGCUGUCAAGGUCCAUGAGCAGAAGACCAAGACCCGCUGAGGUGAUUAUAAACAUGAAAUCCAAGUGCCUCAACUGAAUAACAUUGUCACGCUUUUCUUCCUCUCAAUUCCUUUUUAUGGUUGUCGAGUUCAAUUGGCUGCAUUAGAAACAAUGCUGGAAUAUUAUUAAGAUGAAAUGCCCUCGAAAUCUGCUUAUUCCUGCUGAAA